GAUGGCUUCUCUUUGUUUUGGGAUUUGGAGUAGGGCAUACAUCGCAGGGUGCCACGGUCGGGCAGACAAAGAUUAAAUCAUCUUAACCUCACCAAAGAAAAGGACACGUGUUGUAGUGUGAGGGACACAUGCGUCAUAUCAGGUCAUGUUGGUCCCCGGGUUAUGUUUGUGUUGCCAAAAAUAGACCUACACUUUGUGUACAUGUCAAGAAAACAAGGCAAAGUCUGCAGAAAUGCCUUGUUUUGGCCCCUCAGACUGGCAAUAUUAGAACUUGUCUCUGGCUUUGUUUCUAAAGAUCAGUCGUGUGUGGAAAGAAAAGGUUGUCGCACUGUGCAAGGUGAUGGGUCUGAUGUGGGUAUGGUUUGCUCCUAAAAGAGGUAAUUUACUUUAAGGUGGAAACAUUCGACCAUCGUUCUGGAACUAAAAUGAAAUAGUUUUCUUUAAGAAUUGACUGCUGCAGUAAUAAUGUAAGAAACAAUAUGUAUUUCAGAGUUAUGAUCAAUGAUUAUUAAUGUUCAGUUACACGACUACUACUUUUAUAUCAACUGCAUAAUGUGUCAGUGUUAAAUACCAUUCACCUUUCCCUAAAGAUAUUGUUGGGAAUCGGAAAAAUGUACUGAUUUAUACAUAGACAUGUUAUGUCAAAAACACACAAACCUAUCAACCUGACAAAGCAUUCAAUUCUAACUCUUGACACAACUCCACAAAAAUAGAAGAAUGGUUUUCAGAUUUCUCAACAAGUCAAUCUAAGUUGCUGCUGGCACAAUCCUCCUCAGCAGCAUGGUCGGUCCAGCUGUCAUGACAUGUUAGAUGUUCAUCCUUCAAUUUCACACACUUGUUUAUAUAACACAAACUAUAGUUGUAAAAAAAUGUUUUGGUAUCACUAUUGCCAGUGCUGGUAUGUUUUGGAACACUGUCGUAUCUCACGUUUUCACAUGAUAACCAGCUCCAGUAGCCACACAGCCUGUGUCACAAUGAUCAAGUACAUGCCACCUGUUUCUGGUCCCUCAGGUGAUUCCAACAUUUCCCCCUAAAUGUGGCAUCUUUUGUAGGUCGGCACUACUAAUUAAUAAUGUGUCGGUGUAACGUGGGGUGUUGACAUUUAAUCCUCCAGGACCUGCAUGUGUCAUAUCAGCUGCCUCCUUGACCAUCUGCUUUAAGCGAGCAUUUAUCCGUGUGUGACGCAAGUGUGCGUCCGUCUCUUCGGAGGGUCUGCAAGUUUCCCAAUACUUGAUUGGUGACAUGCACGUAAAUUAUUUAGUCAGAGAGAAAAAAGGAGUGCCGUAGCUUCAGGAGUAGUGCUAUCUGUAGGUUUGUGGGGCAUGUUUGGCGUCAGCAGCUGGUAGGAACAGAAUGUGUGUUUUAGUGAAACCACUUCAAAUUUCAGGAAGCAGAUGUAGUUUUCCUGGGAAUUGGGGCUUCACAGGGAUGUGUCACCCAGGUUGGUUUUAUCUGGGCACCAACUCUGCAGAGAAAACACAGCAGCAAGUGAUUUGAGACUGAAUAAAUCGUGCAGGAAUGUCUUGAAAUUGACAAUUUGAUUUAUUUUACGUUUAGCUUGGUUUAAAGCGGCCUCAUGGCUUGACAGAACGUUUUCCAGGUAAUUCGAUGUUCUGCAUUUGUUUGAAUAGAUAAGACUCCUUUCCUGCACAGCCCCCUAAGAUCCACACACACACACACACACACACACACACGCUCAAGUUCACUGUGCACCGGUUGACACUCAUGCAGCAUUUGUCAGGGUGAGCCGAGGACGGGCUGGUUGUCUGGAGUGGCUGCCAAGUGUGAAAGAUCGUGUGUGUCAGCAGCUCAGGCUAUCUGGGUGUUUUUGUUCAUUAAUCACCGCGGCCUCAUGCAUAUAUAAUAGGAGAGCCAUUUGAUCAAUGGAGAGCCUUCAUCACUCCUUCUAAAAUAAGCCGAUCCAUUUAAUAAUUCCACUCUAUGAUGAGCGAUGUGCUGGCUCUGCCGAUAUUCAAGCAGGAGGACUCCAGCCUUCCUCCUGAAGGCGAGACCAAAAACCCCCCAUUCCAGUAUGUGCUGUGCGCCGCCACCUCGCCUGCUGUCAAGCUGCACGACGAGACGCUCACGUACCUGAACCAAGGCCAGUCUUACGAGGUGCGUUUGUUGGACAACAGGAAGCCAGAAGAGCUACCGGAGCUCAACAACAAGAUGGUGAAGAGCAUAGUGCGUGUGGUGUUUCAUGACCGCCGGCUGCAGUACACUGAGCACCAGCAGCUCGAGGGCUGGAAGUGGAAUCGCCCUGGCGACCGUCUCCUUGACAUCGAUAUCCCCAUGUCAGUGGGCAUUGUGGAGCCAAAGACUCACCCCUCCCAGCUUAACGCUGCAGAGUUCCUGUGGGACAUGAACAAAAGAACUUCUGUUUUUGUGCAGGUGCACUGCAUCAGCACAGAGUUCACUCCGAGGAAGCACGGCGGCGAGAAGGGCGUCCCCUUCAGGAUCCAGCUCGACACGUUCGCCCAGGGAGACUGUGGAGAGUACACUGAGCACCUCCACUCGGCCUCCUGCCAAAUCAAAGUCUUUAAGCCAAAAGGUGCGGACCGUAAGCAAAAGACCGACCGGGAGAAGAUGGAGAAACGCUCUCCUCCAGAGAAGGAAAAGUACCAGCCUUCUUAUGAUACCACUAUCCUGUCAGAGGAGAGGAGGCCCUCGUCCACAAUAAAUCAGAGCAAAAUGACGAGGCUUGAACCCAUCAUAGAGGAUGCGGGUGACCACGAGCUGAAAAAGUCCAGCAAGCGGACACUUCCCGCUGACUGUGGCGACUCCUUGGCCAAGAGAGGCAGUUGCUCUCCGUGGCCAGACGCCUAUGUCAGCCCCAACCAGGCAGCUACUCCCUCCUUCACCUCCACCCCGCUGUCCACCUACACAACCUCCUCAGUACCAGACAGUGACUCGUCCUCACCCAAUCACCAGGCAGACCCUGGUAGCCAUGGCACCUCGGAGGUUAGCCUCCACUCUUCUCACCUGUAUGAAUUGGUGGAAAAGCAGCUGAGCCCCACUGCCUCCAUACAGGACGCACAGAAAUGGCUGCUGAAAAAUCGCUUCAGCUCAUACACACGGCUCUUCUCUCACUUCUCAGGUUCUGAUUUAUUGAAACUAACCCGAGACGACCUGGUCCAGAUUUGUGGGCCAGCAGAUGGGAUCAGACUCUUCAAUGCACUUAAAUCCAGGUCAGUGCGUCCCAGGUUGACGGUGUACGUCUGUCAGGAGUCCCCCCAGGAGAGCCCCCUGCUGGAGACACACGCCACCAAUGAAAAUGGAGACAUUUCCUCUAGUUUACACGUGUAUCAUGCUCUGUAUCUAGAGGAUCUCACAGCUGCAGAACUGAUCCGCAAGAUGGCGUGUGUGUGCAGCCUUCCACUGGGAACGAUCAACCAGGUGUACAGACAGGGUCCGACCGGCAUCCACAUCCUGCUCAGUGACCAGAUGGUUUACAACUUGCCUGACGAGAGCUGUUUUUUGAUCAGCACCGUCAAAGAUGAAGUGGGCGAAGGACUCCAUCUCAUCCUGAAGUAGUUAGGGGGACAGAUGGCAUCACUAAUACUCCACCCUCUGUCUUGGAGCAGAAGCCUCCCUGUGUCCCUCUCUGCCGGCCUCCGCUCUGUCCUCUCGUACGUCCUCCCGUUCUCUCUGAACGCUCGCUCGAUGGGAAGCAGCCCGGCUGCGCUAAAGCCAUGUAAAUGUUAGAAUCUGACAUGGGUGUGUCCACUGUUUCAUAUUGAAAACACUAUUAAUGGAGGAGUUCAGUUAAGAGGAGAGACGGGGGGGUGAGGAGCGAGGAUAUGGUGUUGGGGGAAAGAUAAUGAUAUAUGUAUUUUGUUUUUAUUAUUUGUCUUUUUAUAUGUAUUCCAUGUCGAUAAGGGGAGGGGGGCGGGGCUCCAGGAAAGAGGGGAGAGUGACGUUUUGGUCGUCAGGAGCAAGAACGAAAUCAGAUUUUCCUUCUCACUCGUUUCCCUUCUUAGACAACGCGCUCAACCAGCACAAGGCCAGUAUUUUGAUAACCGUUACUGCUGAACGGCAUGCGAUCUACAUACUAACCCGCUUAAAUGAGAGUCCCACAUUUUACUCGGCUUGUUUAACAUUCUCGACGAGGUUGGCUUGAUAAACCAUUUAUUGAUCAGCUAAGCUUGGUGACCCUGAAAUAUCCAAGCUACAUUUGUGGAAAUGGCAUCAUUUGUGGAUUUUUACACCAACAUUAAUUAUUUUCUUCCGGGACUUUGUCAGACGGACUGAGUAACUAUCGUCACAUAGUCAUGUGAUUUUAGACUUCCUGCAAUAUCUCUGUCUGUUAACGUGACACGACACUCUCUUUAUGUUCAGCCUGUGCUUUUACUGUUUUUAGUUGAUGCUUUAUUUAAGGAGCAGCUGUUUCUCAUGCUCUCGUUGAAUUUACUGGUUUUUGGUGCCAUAUUGGCUUUUUAGCUCAAUUUUUUACUCACAAACACCUCGUCUCUGACUCCUUGGCUUUCUGUGUGGACUUUAAACACUGGUUUAGCCUUCUAGGAUUGUGGCCAAGAAUAUAGAAAGACUGACAUGCAGAGCAUUAACGCCGAUCCAAAAACCUUCUAUAAUGUGGACCAAACGGGUUUUAGAUUGAUAGGCUUUUAUUUUAUUAUAUUUAGGAAAAGCCUCAUUGGAUCUUUGUCAUUAGUCGCAUUAAUAGAAUUGAUCUGAUGGAAAAUAAAACCCUUGCUUGUGCGCUGCAUGUACAUGGUAAUAAACACUCCCUUCCACGAUCUGCCCUGCUAGAAACAACCCAUCACACAGCAGGCUGGUAGAAAUGUAUCACAGCGGUCGUCUGGUUUUAAUAGUCUUAUCCUGUAGACUAGAACAUUUCGGCAUCUCCGUCUCCAUCUUCAAACUCCUUUUUUUUAAUGUAGCUGAACACAGGAAGUGCAGGUCAUGUCGUUUCGAGUGCAAUUUGAAAAGUGACAGGAAAUCUCACACAGGUCCUCAGACUCGCCGUUGGUUUCCUUGACCCCCUUUAAUUUUGAUACACAGUCUGGCCGUGCAUACAGUUUGCACGCCUCUAAGUGUCAGAAUGUGUGUGCAUGUGUAUCAUCAUUUUUUUGUUCUUGUGAAAAAAACUUAAUUAUGUCAGUAGUUGUCAUGAACCUUUUCCUGUUGGUCUGAUGAAACUGUGUUUAGCUUGCUGUUUAGUAAAGAGCAUGUGGAAGAUGGGGGAAGGAGGGAGUGGGGGGGUCAUUUGGUUCAAUAGAGCAACUUGUUUUUCCAUGUUAGAGACCAAGUCUGCGCUGAGAAAUCACAAAACUUUUCUUACCCGCCUAGAAGGAGGAGGACACACACAAAAAAGAAUGUCGAGACUAAAAAGCAUCCAUGUUUUGUCUCGCCGUGCGCCAGAGCCAGGACUGUAGCUCUUGUGCUGUUUACAAGGACACGAGUACCACAGCACAGUGAACUGUUCGGUGACAGAGCGGAUGUGAUACCAAGUCAGGCUCACUGGUGAGCAGCGUUGGUCCCCUGAAGGCCUGACCAAUCAUCUUGUCUGUCUGUAUGACUGAGUGUGUAAGUGUGUGUGUGUGAGAGUGUGUGUGUGUGUGAGUGAGAGACUGUGGACAGGAGAAGUGACCACUGUUAAUGUACAGCCUAAUGUCAAUGAUGAUGCUUCUCAUGUGCACAGUAUCGUAUGCUGGAGAUGUACACAACCACAUGUGCUGGGAAUAAAUGAUUUCAUAACUUUC